AUGGCGCAUCAUGAUCAACUCUCCGCCUCGCUCCCCAGCUCUUCGAAAGUCUGCGACAAGUGCCUGUCCUCGCCCAGCACGAGUCACCGGAAGCCUAUACUUAAUUACCCUGGCGCAUGGACUCGGAAGACUCCAGUAAACCCUUUCCUUCAAUUAUUCUCCUGCCAAUACCUUGAGUGCAAGUACACCUGGGAAGAUGGACAGGGCGUGUCAACCGUGAAUUAUUGCUGGUACGAUUACAGGAAUUACACCUUGUACCACUACCCGAAUACGCCGCUGCCCGUCGAUAGCCAUGUCGCAUGUCCAGCAAAGCUGGACAUAGCCACCGUGUAUAGGAUUCGUAGUUCCCUCGAUUACAACAAGUGUAUCACGGCAAUGGACGUCAAGGACGGUGUCCAACAGAACGGCGUUCGUCUCCAGUCGUGGACCUGCGCUCAGGGCAAUAGGAACCAGCAAUUCGUGCAUUGGCAGAAUCCCAAUUUCUUGGUGAUUCCGGAGGAUCAUAUUAACUGGAUGCCGUUCAAUUGGCUGUGUGUGGACUUGACGGAUGGAAAGUUGGAGAAUGGGACGCCAGUACAGAUGUGGGCGUGUAAUUAUCAGAAUCCUAAUCAGCCGGUUGUAUGGAUCUAG